AUGAUUAUGUUUUGGUGUUUUGUUCAUCCAUGCACUCAGGUACAUUGCAGCUACUUCUUUUCAAUACCUUUCUGCGUGAUUUACAUAAUAGGCAUAGUUCUUUUUGUUUUCGUCACAUUAGAAACACAUCCUUAUUCUAUCAAAUUAACGCGAGAGCAAAGUCAUUUCUGCAAGUACUGCAAUGCAUAUGUACCAAAUAAUGCAAAACAUUGUAGGCAAUGCAAUAAAUGCCGUGUUGGAUUUGAUCAUCAUUGUCCAUUCAUCAAUAAUUGCGUUACAACCUGCAAUUAUAACAUGUUUUACUACGGUAUUUUAUGCUUUAUCUCAUCAGGUCUAAUGAGUUGCUGUGCAAUUGGCAUAAUUUCGAAAAAUUAUAAAUCAUAUAAGAACAUAUAUAUUGAAAAACUUUCCAAAUAUUACUCAACGAACAUUACCAAAACAAAAUUUUGGGUUUUGUAUGGAUUUACACUUUUAAUCGAUUUGGCUUUAACAAUUCCACUUGGUAUUCUAAUUGCAUACCAUAUUUAUUUCCAAGCCAACAAUAUUACCACGUAUGACCAUAUAUUAAAAGCCCAAGAAAAUUAUCCCGAGAAAUUACAGAAAUUCUGCUGUGCAUGUGAUAAAAGAAGCAGAAUUCUCUCCAUGGUUAAUGAUGAGUGA